AUAUGAUGGUCUACAGGAAAUGACUAACAUGGUCAUUGUCGAUAUUAAACUCUUAUCUGGAUUCACAGCUGAUACAUCAAUGAUGUUUUGAAGGACCUCCUUUAGCUAGAGUCCCUUUAAAAGAGACGGUCCAGUUCAUCUCAUGACCUGCUGAUCGCUCGUCAUCAUGACUGUGAACAUCAGCUGCUGUUGGAAAGGGCUCCUUCUGCUCUCUUUCCUCCUGAACUGUGUCAAUGGACAAACAUCCGGACCAUCUUUCAUGGUGACGUUUCCUGCAGUGAUCGGGUCUGGAUCUGAGGCCAAACUGUGUGCAAGUCUUCUCAAGCCCAAUGAAAGCCUUUUCAUGAACAUUCAUGUGGUUCAUGGUAACCAGAGCACUUUACUGCUGCGUGUGAAAGCUGAGAAAGAGUUUCACCGCUGCUUUAACGUCAAGGCUCCUCUGGUCGAAGCAGAUUCAGUGCAGAAAAUGAAGGUCGAACUACUGGGAGAAACUUUCAAGAUGACUGAAGAGAGAAAAGUCAUGUUCAGGCCUUACCAUCCUCUGACCUUUAUCCAGACUGAUAAACCUAUCUAUAUUCCAGGACAGACAGUGAACUUCAGAGUUGUUACCAUGGAUACAAACUUUGCACCCCUUGAUCAGCAGUAUAGUACAGUGGUUCUUGAGGACGGUCAACGUAACCGUAUUGGUCAAUGGACAAAUGUUUCUUCUACAAGGUGGAUUUUGCAGCGCUCUUAUGAACUAAACCCAGAGGCCCGUCAAGGCAUGUACAAACUGAAGGCUUUUAUUGGUGACAGGAUGAUCUCUCAUAAUUUUGAGGUGAAAAAAUAUGUUUUGCCUAAGUUUGACGUUACUGUAAAGAGCCCAAAGGAAGUGAGUGUUGAAGAAGAGGAACUGAUAAUUGAGGUUUGCGGAAAAUACACGUAUGGACAGCCUGUCCCUGGUAAAUCAUGGGUGAAAGUCUGCCGUAAUAGUUUGUCCUACCAGUCCGAUCAGACCGAUCCAGUGUGUUUAGAGGAAACCAUGGAGAUAAAAAAGACGGGCUGUGCCAUCCAUACCUUAGAUACAUCAGUUUUUUUGAACGAAACACUAAAGGAUAGUCUGGAGAAUUCUUUUGAUAUUGAGGCAAAGGUUACAGAAGAAGGAACAGAGAUCACCAUGACAAAAUCUGAAUCUUUAACUCUCACUUAUGAAAUUGGUAAAGCCUCAUUUACUGAGCUGCCCAAAACAUAUGAACAUGGAUCACUUAUAGAAGGAAAAAUCAAACUCUCAAAUUUCAAAGGUGCACCAAUUCAAAACAAAGUGGUUUAUCUAUUGGAGGGUAACAUCUGGCCCACAAAACUGCUCCUAAAUCUCACUACAGACAGCGAUGGACUGGCCAGCUUCUCUCUUAAUACGUCCAGUCAUUAUAAAAGUGAUAUUAAUCUGAUUGCAAGUGUCUCUCAAGAGGGCCGUUCUUAUGACUACAACAAGCCUUACUUCUCUACUGAAGAAAAAACAGUCCAGCUCUUCCAGCCUGCCACUCCAUACGCCCCAACACUAAGUGAAUUGAUUAUAGAGAAUUCUGAGCAACCAUUAAAGUGUGACUCUGAGUUUACGGCCACCAUCAAGUAUUAUUUUAUUGGAGAGACUGUUGAAGACUUCAAAACAGACAUUGUCUAUAUGGUCUUGUCCAAAGGAGUGAUCGUUCAUCAUGGAUAUGAGAAGGUUGAAGUGAAGUCUUCUAAUGGAGCAAGUGGCACAAUGUCGUUCAUACUGUCUGUUGGUUCAGAUCUGGCUCCUGUACUGCAGAUUCUGGCUUACUGUGUUCUGCCCAGUAAAAAUGUUGUUGCUAGUAGCAAAAAUUUCAUCAUUGAAAAGUGUUUCAAAAACAAGGUGUCUCUGCAGUUUUCUCCUGCUAAAGCGGUUCCUGGUGAGAAAAACACUCUCCAGCUCUCAGCUCAGCCUGGUUCACUGUGUGGCCUCAGCGCUGUAGAUCAGAGCGUCCUGAUCCUGGAGUCAGGAAAACGUCUGGAUACUGACAAGGUCUUCAACUUGCUGCCAGUGCAGUCGGGGUCAGAUUAUCCUUAUUCUGUUGAAGAUGAGCGGGAGUGUCUGCAAGUGAGACCCCGUCGAGCUGUGCCGACAGACAACGCCUAUGAAUCCUUAAAGAGAGUGGGAUUGAAGAUGGCAACAAAUUUGGAAGUGCGAGUUCCUCAGUGUCUGUCAUACAGAGGCUUGAUGUAUCAACUAAACCGUUAUAGAGUGAUGUAUCAUUACGAAGGUGUUCCAGCGGGAGUGAUGUCUUCACGAAUGGAAUCUGAUUAUGAUAAUGACAUAUAUGCUCCAGUAGUGACGAUUCGGACAGUCUUUCCAGAAACGUGGAUUUGGGAACUUGCUGAAGUGGGGGACUCUGGAUCAGCGCAGGUUCCUGUCACGGUUCCUGACACCAUCACCUCUUGGGAGACGGAGGUCUUCUGUCUGUCCUCUGAAGGUCUGGGUCUCGCUCCUCCUGCUCAGCUGACAGUUUUCCAGCCCUUCUUCCUGGAGCUCUCUCUGCCUUACUCCAUCAUCCGUGGGGAGAUCUUUGAGCUGAAGGCCACCGUCUUCAGUUAUCUGUCCAAGUGCAUCAUGGUUAAAGUGACUCCAGCUCCAUCCUCAGACUACACUCUCAAAGCCUCCUCUGAUGAUCCGUAUUCAUCCUGUCUAUGUGCUAAUGAAAGAAAAACCUUUAAAUGGAUCCUCACUCCUUCUGUUCUUGGAGUCUUGAAUAUUACUGUCAGUGCAGAGGCAGAGGCGUCCCAGACUGUGUGUGACAAUGAGAUUGUGAGCGUCCCAGAGAGAGGACGCAUUGACACGGUCACACGAAGUCUGCUUGUACAGGCGGAAGGAACUGAAAAGACAGAGACUCAAAGCUGGUUAUUGUGUCCAAAGGGUGAAAGUCUCUCAGAGGAAGUGGAUCUGACUCUCCCUAAAGAUGUGAUAGAGGGAUCAGCCAGAGCCUCUGUUUCAGUCAUUGGCGACAUAUUGGGUCGUGCACUGAGCAAUCUUCACGGAUUAUUACGGAUGCCGUACGGCUGUGGAGAGCAAAACAUGGCUGUUCUUUCUCCCAAUAUUUACAUUCUGCAGUAUCUGGAGAACACAGAGCAGCUCACCUCAGCCAUCCGAGAGAGAGCCACAGGCUUCCUGAAGAGCGGAUACCAGAGACAAAUGAACUACAAGCAUUCGGAUGGAUCAUACAGCACAUUUGGUUAUGGUGUUGGAAAUACAUGGUUGACUGCCUUUGUGUUGAGGUCUUUUGGCAGAGCACAGAAAUACAUAUUUGUUGAUCCAGAAAUUAUCCAGGAUGCAAAGAAUUGGUUAAUAAGUAGACGGGAUUCAGACGGCUGUUUUAUCCAACAGGGAAGCUUGUUCAACAACAGAAUGAAGGGUGGCGUGAAUGAUAAUGUGACCAUGACUGCCUACAUUACUGCAUCAUUGCUUGAACUGGAAACUCCGGUCACAGAUCCUGUCGUCAGUAAAGGUUUGUCAUGCUUGAGGUCCGUCAUUGAGGAUGUCAAAAACAUUUACAUCACUGCUCUGCUCGCCUACACUUUCAGUCUGGCUAAAGACACGGACACUCGACAGCAGCUUUUCAAGAAACUGGAGGAUGUUGCUAUUUCAGACGGGUCUCAUCUCCACUGGUCUCAGUCUGCAUCUGCUGGUGACUCUGAUUCUCUGGCAGUGGAGAUCAGCUCAUAUGUGCUGCUAGCUGUUCUCUCUGCAGAUUCAGUCACUACAGCUGAUCUGGGCUAUGCUAACAGGAUUGUCAGUUGGCUUGUGAAGCAGCAGAAUGCCUAUGGAGGAUUCUCCUCCACACAGGACACAGUGGUGGCUCUUCAGGCUCUGUCUCUGUACGCCACCAAAGUGUUCAGCUCUGACGGCUCCAGCACAGUGACUGUACAGUCAGCAGGAGACACUCACCACUUUGAUGUCAAUCAGGACAACAAGUUACUGUACCAGGAGAAGCAGCUGCUUACCGUUCCAGCCAAAUACAGCAUUGAAGUGAAGGGCUCAACCUGUGUGUCUGUGCAGAUGGCUCAGUUCUACAACAUUCCCACUCCUACUGAAGCUAAAACAUUGAGCAUUGAUGCUAAGAUUGAGGGAGAUUGCAAAACAUUGGGACAAAAUUUCAUUUUGAAUUUCACUGUCAAAUAUGAUGGUCUACAGGAAAUGACUAACAUGGUCAUUGUGGAUAUUAAAGUCUUAUCUGGAUUCACAGCUGAUACAUCAAUGCUUGGAACAUACUUACCAUUUGUGGAACGGGUUGAUUCUAAAGAUGAUCAUGUCAUUGUGUAUUUGAAGGAGAUUCAUCAAAAUAUUCCAAUGAAUUACCAGAUACAAUUGAAACAGAUUCUUCCAGUGAAGAAUCUCAAACCAGCUGUGGUCAAAGUGUACGAUUACUACCAAACAAGUGAUCAGUCAGAGGCCGAGUACUCCUUUCCCUGUGAAUGAAGCUGCUGAAGUUCAUCAAGAUAUUUGAACAUUCUAAUGUUUAAUAUUACAAUGUUAAUUAUAUAUCCUGUGCAAAAUUAUUUCCAAUAUCAUCCCAAAAUAGGGAUUUUUCAGUUUUUGUGGACACAUCUCUCAAGAACAUGACUAUUCAAUUCACAAUAUGAUUAAUAAAAGUGAUGUAAAUUAGUUAUAGUGAAUGAUUAUGAAUAUAUGACUUGAUAAAACAAAUAAACUAUUAAUUUAACAUUUCAUAAUCAGA